GUUUUCAUGAAAGUCUAAUUAUUAAAUAUAAUCUGAAAGCUAUUAAAUAUAACUAAAUAUUUAGUAUUAUACUUUGGAUUUGGUUAUAAAUUUGUUAUUCUGCUUUAUUUUUAUUUUAUUUAUUUAAUGUUUAAUCAGGUCAUUUAAAGCCAUUAACUCUGGCAGACCAGUUGUGCUGACUACUGAACUAGGGAGCUGAUUGAGACAUACCCAGAGAUUUAGUUUGGGUUUAUUUUUCUUUCUGUUAAUUAUUCUCAUCCUUAACAUGACUAUGUGUUCAAACACACAGAAAAACUCCUGCUGAAGCAACUGAGAUCCACAUGACACACUAUUAUAAAGACAGCGUUUAUUAAAGAGAAGAUAUGAAGAUUGAGGAUACUGAGGAACAAACAGAAAAACUCCUGGUGAAGCAGCAGCGAUCCAUGUGACACACUAUUAUAAAGAUGGCGUUUAUUAAAGAGGAGAGUGAAGACAUGAAGAUUGAAGAAGUAUUCAGCUUGAAACAAGAAGAUACCGAGGAACAAACAGACCUGAUGACACUAAAAGAGGAGAGUGAAGAACUGAAUGAAACUAAAGAAAAAGAUCAUCAUGAUUUCAUACCUGGAGACAAAUCUUUCAGUUGCUCACAAUCUGAAAAUAGCUCACGAAAAAGUGCUCUAAAGACAGGUACUAAAAGUUACUUAACCUGCUUUCAGUGUGGAAAGAGUUUCAGUCAACACGAAAAGUUUCAAGUCCAUAUGAGAAUUCACACAAGAGGAAAGCCUUACGCACAUCCUCAGUGUGGAACAAUUUUUGAUCAAGAUGGGAACCUUAAAGUCCACGUAAGAAUGCAUACUGGAAAGAGCCCAUUCAUCUGCCUACAAUGUGGAAACGGAUUCACUCAAAAAAGAAGCCUUAACAGGCAUAUGAGAAUUCACACCAGAGAAAAGCCUUACAAAUGCCCUCAGUGUGGAAAGAGUUUUGAUAGUCAUGCAAACCUUAAAAUCCACAUGAUAUCUCACGCUGGACAAAAACCCUACACUUGCCCUCAUUGUGGAAAGGGAUUCAAUAAAAAAGGACACUUUGAAGACCACAUAAGAAUUCACACUAGACAGAGCCCAUUCAUCUGCCAACAGUGUGGAAAUGGAUUCACUCAAAAAGGAAGCCUUAACAGGCACAUGAGAAUUCACAAUGGAGCGAGGCCUCACAAAUGUCAUCAGUGUGGAAAGUGUUUCAGUCAACAUGGAAACCUUGAAGUCCACAUGAGACUUCACACUGGAGAGAAACCUUACAUCUGCCAAGAGUGUGGAAAAAGUUUCAACCGCAAAGGAAACCUUAAUUACCACAUGAAAAUUCACACUGGAGAGAAGGCUUUCACUUGCAAAUUGUGUGGAAUAAGUUUCGCUCUAAAUGGAGGACUUAAUAGGCAUAUGAGAAUUCACAACAAAGAAAAGCCUUACACAUGCCCUCACUGUGGAAAGGGAUUUUAUCAACAUGGAAACCUCAAAAUUCACAUGAGAAUUCACUCUGGAGAGAAACCCUAUACAUGCCCUCACUGUGGAAAGAGUUUCAAUCAGAAAGGACACUUUGAAGACCACAUAAGAAUUCACACUGGAGAGAAACUCUACACAUGCCUUCAGUGUGGAAGGAGUUUCAAUCGAAAAGGACGCUUUGAAGACCACAUAAGAAUUCACACUGGGGAGAAGCCUUUCACCUGCCAACAAUGUGGAAAAAGUUUUAACCAAAAAGGAAUCCUUAACAGACACAGGAGAACUCAUAUCUGAAAGUGUCACGGUUCAUGAAUGCACUGUUUCCUGCUCGUCUCAUGUUGCGUCAUGUUGAUUGUUUCAUGUGGACGUUACCGCUGAUCAUCAUGAUCAGCAGCAGCUGCAGCCCAGUCCAACGGCCUACUUAAUGCCCUGUAUUUUGUCUCUUGUUUGGCAGAUCGUUGUUUAAGGUCCUUCGUGCUUCAUGUCUAUGUCUCCUCUGCUCAGCAUUCCUCCUUGUGUCUUCGUUCCUGUUCGGUAUUCUGCGGAUUACAUCAUCAUCGCUCGGAUCCCUCAUCAUCACUCACCUACGCACUCAACUCACCUUCUCACUGAUCUGUGCUGUCAUCGAGGUCCCUGCGCCACCCACCAUCAACCCAGCCUAACUUUACGUAUUAUAAUAAAUGUUACUUGCAACUU